GCGAACUGCUUUCCCACAAUUCCAUGCCAGCUAGAAGCUAUACAGAAACCAUUUUGGAAGUUGCUUUGUGGAGAUAUUCUACUACAAUAAUCGAAAAUGCCGCGAAUUAAUAUUAAAGGCGGUGUGUGGAGAAACACUGAGGAUGAGAUCUUGAAAGCGGCUGUUAUGAAAUAUGGCAAAAAUCAGUGGUCACGUAUUGCAUCACUUUUACACAGAAAAUCAGCCAAACAAUGUAAAGCUAGAUGGUAUGAAUGGUUGGAUCCAAGCAUCAAGAAAACCGAAUGGAGUCGAGAAGAAGACGAAAAGUUAUUACAUCUUGCUAAAUUGAUGCCAACACAAUGGAGAACAAUUGCACCAAUCGUAGGAAGAACGGCCGCUCAGUGUUUAGAGAGAUAUGAACAGCUGUUGGAUCAAGCCCAGCAGAAAGAAGGAGAUGCCGAGAUGGAUGAUCCACGCAAGUUAAAACCUGGAGAAAUAGACCCAAAUCCAGAAACCAAACCAGCUAGGCCUGAUCCUAUUGACAUGGAUGAAGAUGAAUUGGAAAUGCUGUCAGAGGCCAGAGCACGUUUAGCUAACACACAGGGAAAAAAAGCCAAAAGAAAAGCCAGAGAAAAACAACUUGAAGAAGCUCGAAGAUUGGCUGCAUUGCAGAAAAGACGAGAACUGAGAGCGGCUGGUAUUGAGAUCCACAAACAUAGAAAAAAGAAACGUGGUGUUGAUUAUAAUGCUGAGAUUCCAUUUGAAAAGAAACCUGCACCUGGAUUCUAUGAUGUUUCAGAUGAAACCGUUUCUGAAUUAGAUCCUAAUUUCAAGAGAUUAAGACAACAAGAUAUGGAUGGCCUUAGACGAGACGAAAUUGAAGAGAGGGAAAGAAAGAAAGAUAAACAAAAACUGAAAAGGAAGAAAGAAAAUGAUUUGCCUUCAGCUAUUGCACAGACCAAUAAAUUUCAAGAGCCUGUGAAAAAACGAAGCAAACUUGUGUUGCCAUCUCCACAGAUAUCAGAACAAGAGCUAGAAGAGGUUGUUAAAUUGGGUCAUGCCAGUGAGAAUGCUAGACUGACAGCCGAGGAAGGAGGCUCUAUGAAUGGCCCAUCACAGGCUUUGUUAUCAGAUUAUUCAGUCACACCCCAGAUCACAAGUUUAAGAACACCAAAAGUACCAGCAUCUCAAGAUACAGUAUUACAGGAAGCACAGAAUAUUAUGGCGUUACAGAAUGUGGACACUCCAUUGAAAGGUGGACUGAACACACCGCUUCAUGAAAGUGAUUUUGACGGAAUUACACCAAAAAGACAAGCUACUGCAACACCAAACACUGCUUUUACAACACCAUUUAGAACACCUUCACAUGGAGAAGGUAUGACACCAAAAGCCAUGACACCUAAAGCAUUGGUACCUGUGGCUGUCACGCCAGGACAGACACCUGGUAGGACACCAGUCAGGGAUAAGCUGAAUAUCAAUCCUGAAGAACAACUUGGUGAAAUAGAUGACGUUAGAUAUGCUAAACACCUACAGAGAGAAAUGAAAGAACAGUUAAGAAAAGGUCUGUCAUCUUUACCAGCUCCAAGGAAUGAUUUUGAAAUUGUUAUACCAGAAUCAGAAGAUGCUGAUAAAACUGAAAUUGAAGGCGAUAAGAACUUUGUAGAAGAUGCAUCUGAUGUUGAUAACAGGAAGGUAGCCCUGAGAACUGCAGAACAAGAACGGGAAUGGAAACGUCAAUCACAAGUCAUACAAAGAUUGUUACCAAGACCGUCAGACAUCAAUAUUUCUAUCUUGAGACCUUCUAAUAUUGAGCAGCCGCUUUCUGAUCUUCAAAAGGCCGAGGAGUUGAUAAAACGUGAAAUGAUAACGAUGCUUCAUCACGAUGCUUUAAAACAUCCUUCAAUAGACAAAAAAAGCAGUCAAGGUCUUCAUCUGCAGUAUUUAGAACAACAUCCAUUUAUUGUGGUGGAAGAUGAGGACAUGAAACAGGCUAGAGAGUUGUUAAAGAAAGAGAUGGAAGUUGUCAAGUCUGGUAUGGGUCACGGUGACCUGACUGCAGAUACGUAUAAACAAGUAUGGGAUGAGUGUAAUAGUCAGUGUUUAUUUUUACCAUCUCAAAAUCGUUAUACCAGAGCUAACUUGGCUAGUAAAAAAGAUAGGAUAGAAUCAGCUGAGAAAAAACUAGAGAUUAACCGAACACACAUGACGAGGGAAGCUAAACGAGCUGCCAAGAUGGAAAAACGAUUGAAGGUUUUACUUGGCGGCUACCAAUCACGGGCGCUAGGCCUUACUAAACAACUUCAUGAUGUAUUUGAGAAUCUUGAGCAGACCUAUGUGGAGAUGAAAACAUUUGAAUCUCUGAAGAAGAAUGAAGAUGUUGCCAUUCCAAAAAGAAUAGCAUCGUUACAAGAAGACAUGAAGAGGCAAACUGAGAGAGAAAAAGAACUACAAAAGCAGUUUUCUGAGUUGAGCUAUGAUAGAGAUAGAUUACUGGCAACGAUACAUUGAAAUGAACAAUCAUGAAAACAUUGCAGUGGCUGGCAUCACGGGUGAUAAAUGAGUACUAAAAGAAUGAUAUGUUUAUAACGCCCAUAUUGUACCAUAGUUGACAAAUAUUUUUAAAAUAUUGUAUUUAACAUGUGGUUUUUUCUUGCACUAUAUCCGAUAGAUGACAUGUGGGUUUCUGUUUCAUGUAGCAAAUUUAAUCCAAUUACUACAUACAAUCUUUCUUGUUAAAGGUCAAUCAUGACUGAAAUGUUUCUUAUAGAUAUAUAAACAUGUAUAUAUAUAUAUCUACUACAUGGAAACACUGCGGAAAUCAUAUUUGUAUGUAUACACACACCUAUAAGUUGCUGCAGUGAUUGGCAAAAUAUCACAUGCACCAGAAACUUGCAAAUGGUCUUCACAGAAAGUAAACACUUGACUAGCCCUGUGUGUGAAAUUUGUUGAAACAUGUCAUUAGCAUAAUUUUUUUUAUUCAAUCAACAAAGAAAAACGAAUACACAACAGAAAAUUAGAAAAAAAUACAACAUAUAACAAUUAAUUGAGUCCAUAAACUAUUACAUAAUUCAAUAUACCUUAAAAAAUUACAUGUCAAGUGAACCUAACAUUGUCCCACUUUUGUCUCAAUCUGUUGUGGCCUUCCAGAUUAGAAAUGGCGAUGUCUGUAUGGUAGUUACACUUGUAUAUUGGGAUCAUUGAACAAAAUCGUGGUUUGAUUUUUUUAAAGUUUAGUCAUUAGCAUAAUUACAGCACGCGCAAACAAGAUUUGUAUGGGUUCCAAUAGCCUCAUUAAAUUCCCCCAUACAGUUGAAGCAACCAGAAAUAAAAUAUAUGAAUCAGACAAUAACAUAUUACGUACCUAGACAAAAAGUUCAAAAUGAAGUGGUGCCAGGGGAAGUGAGAUUGUCACAAAAUGUAACAAAUCAUUUUAAUAACGUUAGAUCAUUUGAUAGGGGCAAUGGGAAAGUUCUUGCUACAUUGCAAGGUCCAUAGAGACUUUCCUAGGGUUUUUGCUAACUUUUAGUAAAAAGCUUGUUUGCACCUGCUGUAACCAUAGCUACAUCUACUGCCUGUUUUUGGUAGUCAUUGAAUUUUUGUUUUGCGAAGAAAUUAGUAAAUAUAUUUUUCCAAAGCACCAUGUUGGUAAAUUCAUUGUCCACAAACAAAUUAUUUUUUACAAGAAAAGAUAUGAUUGUGCAAAGUAAAGAUAUGAGAUAGUGGCUGAAUAAACUGGCCUUGGCUCAUGAAGAUGGAAAAAAACUCAAUUUAAUCCGGAAUAGACCAUUUCUGCAUUCCAGAUGCAAAUGGUUUCCUGCUCCAUUAUGUCAGCUUUGUUUGCACAUGGUAAACUACAGAUUGGUUUGAAUUUUGUAGUUUUUGAACAUUAAUCAAAAUCAUUGUUAAAUCAGAUGCACAUUUAUGAUAUUAUGUAUGCUGUGAUUCUGUUAUCAUCGAUGAAGUUGGAUAAAUAUAUGUUAAUUCUCUGACAUGCUCAGAUGUCUUGUAUACAGAGGAACCUGCAUCCCUAACUUGAAAAGCAGGGAUAUUUUACCAAGCUAAUGAGUUUAGUAUCAAAAAAUAAAAUAACGAGUUUUUUGACUGAUUUUCAAAUUGGUCAUUUUGAUAAAAUUGCUCUCACAAAUCUAUGGCUUGGUUUUUGGAAGUUGAUGUAAAUGCAGACUCAUAUCGAUAAGAACACUCGGCCCAAACAUAGAAGUAAUUCUCACUGCCUUUCAAUAUUCUAUUCUGAAACGUGCUUCUGUAUAUAAAUGGUUUUGAAUAAAAUUUAACUGGUAAAAA